AUGGAGCUCUUUGACGAUAUAACGCCCAAAACGGCUGAGAACUUUAGACAGUUGUGCACGGGGGAGCAUCGUCUCAACUCUAUCCCGCAAGGCUACAAGAAAUCUAUAUUUCAUCGGUGCGUCUCUUCAAGGAUUCCUCAAUUUAUGAUCCAAGGAGGUGACUUUGUUCGAGGCGACGGUACCGGAUCUUUCUCCAUCUACGGGGCUCAGUUUGAAGACGAGAAUUUCAAGAUCAAGCACACCGGACCUGGGCUCCUGAGUAUGGCUAAUAGUGGGCCAGGGACAAACGGAUGUCAAUUCUUCGUGACUACGGCGCCUGCAGAGUUCUUGGAUGGCAAACAUGUGGUUUUUGGCAGGGUGAUCGAUGGGUUAUUGACCGUAAGAAAGAUUGAGAAUGUUUCUACAGGCCAGAACAACCGACCGAGGCUGCCAGUCCGGAUAACGGAAUGCGGCGAGAUGUAA